GGAGCCGCUUUCCUCACAAUUCAGUCUGCACAUUCAGCUGCCAGGAAGGCUACGUGCUCCAAGGUGUGGUCAGCAUGGCGUGCACGGACUCCGGCAAUUGGACCGUCGCACCACCAACAUGCGAAGCCGUUCAGUGCCCUGCUCCUCCCAACUUACACAACGGCGCAGUCAGCUAUGGAGACGAUCCAGCUACGAGGUUCAGCUACGAGAAAAACUGCAGUUUCCGCUGCAAAAUCGGCUAUCGGAUGAAGGGGCCGAAAAGUGUGAUGUGCACGUCGGCCGCGCAGUGGAGCGAUAUGCCGCGUUGUGAAGAAAUCACAUGCCCCGCCCCCGAAGAUCCCAAAAAUGGCCACAUGAACUGCACCCCAUCUCUCCUCCCGUCCCAGAGCCCCUUUCCUCGCAAUUCAGUCUGCACGUUCAGCUGCCAGGAAGGCUACGUACCCCAAGGUGUGGUCAGCAUGGCGUGCACGGACUCCGGCAAUUGGACCAUCGCACCCCCAACAUGCAAAGCCGUUCAGUGCUCUGCUCCUCCCCCCUUACCCAACGGCGCAGUCAGCUGUGGAGAUGAUCCGGCUACGAGGUUCAGCUAUGAGAACAACUGCACUUUCCGCUGCGACAUUGGCUAUCAGAUGAAGGGGCCGGAAAGUGUGACGUGCACGUCGGCCGCGCAGUGGAGCGAUAUGCCGCGUUGUGAAUAAACUUCGGCAUGAAGACCCUCCUCCGGUACAAGAGGGCACUGACAGCCCCGUACCGGAUCCUGACAUCACCGUUGACCCUUAACAACAGUAACCAUGAGAUCAUUCCAAAAGCUGAAUGAAAAAAAAAAAGUGCUUCUGUCAUGUUGCUGACACGUAUUUAC